UAAUGCACUUGACCAUAAUCGGCGUCGGUCUGGCCACUCUUACUGCCUCCUCUGCUGCUCGACUGACCUUUGCAAUAACCACUGCGGGACUACUCCUGCUUCAUCAGGGGGAGCGAUCUCUUCACAACCUGGUGAUGCCACACGAAUAGUCCCCACUAUCGGCACAGGACUUCAAUGUUACAGCUGCGAUAAUUUGGCUGAUCCAAGCGCAUGUACUCAUGUUGUCACUUGUGAAACGGGAAAUCAAUGCAUGUUGCGUGAGGUGGCGAGGGAUGUUGUCAACAAUCCGAUAUACUCUGCUAAAUGUGAGCGAGAAACGAUAUGUCGGGUGCUUUCUCUGUACGGCCGGCGCUCUCUUGGUUGUAUUAAGUGUUGUACAACAGACCGCUGCAAUAACCACUGCGGAGCAGAUACUGUGACCACAACAACUGGUCCAGCGUUCACUCAAGCCACGCUGCCAAUUGUAACACACAUCGCAACUACUUCCGGUCAGGGGAUUAAGUGUUACAGCUGCGGAUUGAUGUCAGAUCCUGCCGCUUGUUCAAACAUCGUUACAUGUGAACGCGGACAGCAAUGCAUGUUAAAAUCCGAAGGCGCUGAUAUGCAAAAUGGAGAGUUGUAUUCGGCGAAAUGUGAAAAGGACGUGGUUUGCAACGCAGUGUCCAUGCUUGGUCGACGGUCAUCACGAACCUCGUGUGUCCAUUGCUGUACGACUGACCUCUGUAACAACAACUGUGGUCACCUCCCUUCACACCCGCCUACAAUAACUUCAACAAUAGCAACACCGAAACUCACAACAACAGCCUCAACGUCUCAAAGUACCACAAUUAAAACAACCACUCCAACAUUAAUACAAUCUUCAAUAAGUUCUACGACACCUGUACCUUCAACCUCCGGCAAUCUGACUGCCGCCGGAGAUGGUGUUCAGUGCUAUAAUUGUGACUACAUGGCCGACCCGUCACGGUGCUCGAACAUCGUCCAAUGUCCUAUAGGUCACGUGUGUAUGCUACGCAGUGUGAACUUUAAUGUCCAGGGAGGUACACAUAUAUACAAAGCAAGCUGCGAAUCCCAACAGUCGUGUCACAUGGCAGAAUCACUAGCCGCCGGGGGAUUCAGCAGCUGUGUAGUAUGCUGUAACAGCGAUCUAUGUAACAACAAAUGUCCACAACAAUCAAUGGCGUCACCAACAACGCACGUACCUACAACAUCAUCGCAUAUCAAUCUACCACAUCCGACGAUACUUCAGCCAACUCUUCAAACGCAAUUACCGACAACGACGCAAAACGCUUCCGGCCUCGGACUCCACUGCUAUGCCUGUGGUAAUAUGGCGUCACCACACGACUGUAACCACGUGACUAUCUGCAAUAAAAACGAGAUAUGCUUUCUGUACGAAUCCGAGAAUGAAAUAGCUCAGAGGAAGCUUUUCCAUUCCCGAUGUAACACCAAUCAGGUUUGCGAUGUCCUACAACAUCUCCCGCCUAUAAAAAGUAACCACACGGGUAUUGAACUUUGUCACACUUGCUGUUCAACUCCGCUGUGUAACAAUCACUGUGAUUUUUCAAAUCACCCGACUCUUCCGCCUGCCCCGACACGUCCUCCUCCUACUACAACAACGACCGCUGAUGGAAUUGUUUCAACAACUAUUACACGUGAAGAUUGUGAAAACCAUCGGUACGUUCACAUUCCCUACGCGGACCUGUGCUUUAAGUUCCACUUCCUUAACCACACAUGGGACGAGGCAGCGGCCGUGUGUCGCGCUGAGGGCGGCAGAGUCGCCACGCUUCCGACUGAAAACCAAUUCACGAUAAUGCAGACACUGGUCGGAAUCACGCCAGAAUAUCGCCACAAAAUGGUAUAUAUCGGCGCAAAAGAUCGUCACCAUAACGGAACAUACUUCUGGGACCGGGGACAGGAAAUGACGUCACAAAUCCUUCACGCACGUGGUGUUUCAACAAUCACAUCCGACGGAUGCGUAAUUAUGACGUAUUCAAAUGGUUAUGCUCUCGGCAUACAAGCAUGCACUUUGAAAGGACCAUUUAUUUGUACAAAACCGUGACAAUAAACGCUUU